AAUUGGUGAUACGAAGGGAUUCGAUCUCCUGUCUUCCUGCCUCCGAGUUGCCAUGGGAAGCGCGUUACUCUCGCUUCAUCUAUCUUUUCAUCUAUUAGCUGAAGUUUGCUUGUAGAUCUACUUCUCGUUCCCUUACCAGCGUUCAACCACCCAUGGAGGCUUUGCCAACCAGUAUGUAGCCUGUAUUUUAGCCACCAUGUCCUCAUCUUGAUAUUAACCAUGGCUUCCACGAUUUUCUCUUACCUGCAUAACAUAUGGCCUUUCAGUUUACUGAAAGAAGACGAUUUAAAAACCUCAAUUCAGUUAGUCAAUAGGCUUUCAGUACCAGAGCAGACAAAGCAAUUUGUCUUUGCCAUACGUGAUUCAGAUUCUGGUACAGUAGUGUAUAUUUUGGCUGCACAAAGUUUAUCUGAACAGUCUGCUAUAGAUGCAGAUCAUCUUAUCAAAGCAACUCAACCUGAUGCUGUGGUGGUUUCUGUUGCUCCAUCAGCUUUGCCAGAAAUCGAAGUUGAGAAGAAAUUGUUUGAUGAGAGUCAAGUCAACCAAAUUCCUACUUCAUACUUAGGAGUGUUAAAAAGAUGUGUACUUGAUAAGGUAAAGAAGGAGGAUUUUGAUGUCUUUGCUGGUUUCCAGGUUGUACAAGCAAUUUUUGGGAUUGGAUUUUAUGGUCAUUUUUUGGCUGCCAGGAGGGCUGCUGAGAAGUUUGAUUCCCAUUUCAUCUUACUUGAAUCCCCAUUUGAGAGUUCAUUGUCUAUGAAUACCUCAACCCAUUCUGAAGACUCUGGAAUACCUUUACGUGCAAAUAAUUUACUUCCCGGUAAGGUGAUUUCUUCCAUGUACUCGAGGAGAAUCUGCAUUGCUGACACAAUUCAAUCCAACGUGGUGAAGUCAUUAGGUUCACCUCUUUCUUUACUGGAUUCUACUUCAAAUUCUGACUCUGAUGUCCAAGAAGUUGAAGAAAGCAUGCUGGGUAGUAAUUAUAAUGUUCCACCAUUUGCAGAGUCUUUUUACUCGUUACUGGCAGAUCUUUAUCAUAUAUUUAGAGACAUUCCAGCAAUUAGUAAAGCAUUAUUUUCUGCAAAGAAAAUGCUUGUUGAUGUUAGCGAAGGGCAGCCAGUUGAUACUGAGAAUUUAUCUGAAGUGCAAAACUUCAGAAUUGCAAUUGAAGGCCUAAGAAUGGCUUUAAACAAAGCAGGCAGGAACCCCAUUGAUAAAUCAGAGAAAGAAAAUUUCAGGGCAAAGGAGUUCGCCGAGCUUCCGUUUGAAGAGAAAUGCCAUGCUCUCUUUACACAAGCUCUAAAGAGGCACGCUGAAAAGUUUGAAACAGUGGUGGCUAUUGUUGAUGCAACUAGCUUGGCUGGUCUCAGGAGACACUGGAACACAUUGGUGCCUUCAGAAUUAUCAGAUUUGGCUUAUUGUAAUAAUGAUCCUGAUAAUCUUGAAGCAAUUUGGAGUGAUCAGAUUGACAAAAGGAGGAUUCUAGCAGAUAAGCCAAUUGUUGCACUUGGUGCAGGAGCCACUGCAGUUGUGGGAGCCUCUUCUCUUUCAAAAGUUAUUCCUGCUUCUCACCUAAUCAAAGUAGCUACAUUUCAAUUGCCUGCUUCCUUGAAACUUGGCUUAAUACAACUCCAAAGAACUGCUUCUGUUGGACUCAGCAAGAUUCUUGUUCCGUCAAAGCUCUUAGCUCCUGGUCUUACCACAGGAACUAAAUCAUCUGCAUUAAAGCUCACUGCAUCUGCCAACGACAUCCGCGCCGCGGUACAUAGCAUGAUAUCUACAGCUAGGCGGACUAGCUUUUUCGCCAUUCGAACUUCGUUUUAUGAGAUAAUGCAACGGAGACAUGUUCGACCAACUAGAUUUGCGCCUUGGGCGACCUUUGGCUGCAGCAUGGGUGCGUGUGCCGGGCUUCUAAUGUUCGGAGAUGGGAUAGAAUGUGCUGUUGAAUCCGUCCCUACUGUUCCUAUGAUUGCCUCUCUGGGCCGUGGCUUACAGAGCUUGCAACUGGCUUCUGAGGAAGUGAAGGGCACCAAUUCUACGAAGAUACAUGAAGCCAUUCAGUCUAUGAUGCACUAUCUGAAGAAAUUUUAAAUUCUUUUAAGCAGAAGAGAUUCCUUCUGGGAUAGAGUUUCAACGGUUGAGUUUAGCACUUCACCUUGAAGAUUGGGAGUGAGAGGAUACAAGUGAAGGGAAAACUCCAAGCAUACUUUGGCGUGCAAUACUGCCAUAAAGCAAUGAUAGCAGUCUUUGAGGUAAGGCAAAGCUCAUCAUCUUUCAUUGAUCAACUAAUUAUUCAAUAUCCUCUCCUCUAACUACAACAUGCCUCAUGGUCUUCAUCAUGUAUAACUUCAACUUAAUUUCAAUAUAGGAUUCCUUUGGGACGGCUUUCUUACUGCUUUUGAAAAUAGUUUUUUAGUUAAAAAAUUGAAAUUUUUGUAUUAAAAAACUCUUUUAAGAAGUGAGAAAAAAGCCGUCCCAAACGAAACUAUAGUUUCGUAGAUGGUGGAAUCAGGGUGAGGCAAGGUUGGAUCUUACUUCUUACAACGUCUAAGAUUGAGGAGAAUUCACUUGUAAUUAUGAAAAUAUUAUAUUAUAGAAAUUUUAUACUUUUAAAA